CUGUAGUCCCGGGAGGGUUUGGGAGGGGGCAGUUGGCUCCAGUUGCUGUCUGGGUCUCUUUGUGUGGCUAAAGCAACGUCUCGCCGCUGGCUGCCAUGAGCGAGACCCUACACAAAAGCAAGUGUUCGUGCCAUCUCCUUUGGCUUACGCGGGAGAAGGACUCCAGGGUCCACGUACCCUUGUUUGGGACUCUAAAAUUGUGUGGAAUAAUUUUAUUGUGGGAUGAAGAAUGCUUUAGAUGGAUGAGACGUAGCAGUUCUUCAGGGCAAGCUGUUUAGUCCUGGAGGAAAAGUAAGUGGAUUACCCAGGCGCUGGUGGGAUUGCUUUAUUAUGGCACAAAGACACGUUUCCCGACACCACGGCGGCUGCCCCCGAGGGUACCUCGUCUGGUGAGCUUCAGAGUUAUUGGCACCACUGAGAUCAAGGAGGCAGUUGGAUGGGAUAAUGCCUGAGCUCCGUUGGUUAAACGUCAUGCCCCCAAGCUGGGUACAAGAUUGGGCAAUGGGUUUCAGGGUCGGAUUCUGUGUCCACUUAACAGCAUUCAGGGUUCCUCAGUCCUGCUUUCCGGGUAGGUUUUGCUCAUCAGGAGGAAUAUGCUGGGGAAAUCUGGCUCUUACUGAAGAUGUGCUUUCUGCAAAGCAAAGAAUGAGUUUCCACAGCCCAAGGAGUCUUUCCCCUCCUCUGCUGAAUCUUCUAUCGCACCCCGCGGGCACUGCGGCAGCUGGAAUUGAGGUACCAAAGGGCCACACUCAAAACACCGGAGCAUCCUGUAACCCUGGCUGCGCCGCUGGGCAUCCGGGUGCGGGAGAGACUUGUGACACAGAAAAUAAGCUGCAUUUAACAUUUUACCUUGUUUUUCCGUGCCCAAAGGCCUGGAAGUCCCACACUGUGGGCAUCCUUCGUGCAGCCACAGGCAGUGGGGGACGGUGCUUGUCUGUCCCUUGUGCAUGUUCACGGCAGUUCCUCUGUGGGUGAGAGCUCGUCGUCUUGUUUCCCCGCGGCACUUGACUCCAGGCUGGUGGUCUUGUGGCAAUAGGAGCUGGUUGGGAUGUUCUGUUGUGAAGCUCUAAAUGCUCCUUGUGCUGUAGGGGCUCCGUUAUAACGAACUGAACCGCAGUCUGCGAACGUGUAGGGUGUUACUCCAGGUAAAGCCAAGAAAGACGAACAGCAGCUAAUCCCACAUGGCAGCAGGUGGGGAGGGAAAUCCAUGCCUGGAUGCACGAGGAGCCCCACCAGGCCCUGGUAGGACACCCGGCUGGAUCUGGUGUCAUCUGAAGCUGGGUGGGGUGGCCAGGACACGGCACUGGUCAUCGCUGUGCCCAGCGUGGGAUGUGGCUGGGGACAUCCUUAGGAGCCACAUCUGGGACACGUGUCGAGGCCAUGGGACACAAAGUCUUGUUGAACCGCAGCUGGUGCAGCCCCAGGCAGAGGCCUCCGCUGCUGCUCGCGGCUCCUCCGGCGCGUCCUGGUGGGUUUUCCCUCCCCAGUUUCCGAUACAGGAACCUCCCUCGCAGCAAACACCUUUUGGGGACUUCUCCACCUUCCCUCAAAGGCUGCUCAGCCCCUCGUGCCCUUGCUGAGCUCUUGCUUAGACGCUCGCCCACCCCUCAAUAAAUCACAGCAGCCCACAAGCGCUUGGGCUCCAUCCAGCCCCCACCUGCUGCGGGAGGGCGAGAGGGAGCAAGACGUGGGCAGGUUGUGAGGACACCCCCGGAGGACGCUUCUUUCCUGCCUGUGCUGCAGGUGCAGAGACCUGGGGCCGCGUUCCACAGCUGCUCUUGUUUUAUUUUGGUUUGGUUUCUUUUAAAUUUUUUUUCAGGAAAGCGAGCUGUUGGAGCACACGGCAGCGUGUGGAAAGGCGGGCAGCGGCAGGGUGCGGGGGCCGGGGUGAGAUGCGGCACGUCCCGCGCCGGGGCUGAGCGUGGAAACGUCUGGGCGCGCUGCGGCCGCGACAGGGCGGGGGAACGUCGCUUUUUCAUCUUGUGAGAUCAAAGAAACGUCCAGCUGCGCGGCGCUGCAGCGGGGCGGCGGGGGGCUGGGGCUGUCCCCGGCCACCGACAGAGCCAGGGCUGGCUGCUGGGGUGAGGAACGCGGCUGCCAGUGACUCCAGAGCCCCCCCUGGGUCGGCUUUGCUGAUAGCCGCAAAAAAAUUAUAGAUGCAAAAAAAAUGCAUUUAUUUAUUUAUCUGUGGGUGCAGGUGGAUAGUUUCCUCCUGCGGCGCUUCUCACCCGCCGAGGCAGGGUGCUGGGGGACGGUGAGCGUGCCCUAGCCGUACCCCGUCCCUGGCAGCGCUCCCGGCCUCCCCGUGACGCACCCGGGGCCGCAUCCAGCCCUCCCCGCCGUGCCCGCAGCCACGGCAGGGCUGCGGAGGUCAGGUAGGGAAGGGCAGUGGAAGAGCGUCUCCCCUGCCCAGGUCAUUCCCAGCCACCCCAACGCUCCCCCCGUGGGAUGGGCCUGGGGGGGGUGUGAUGAGUGUGUCCGUCCUGAGCCGGGAGGUGAGCGCUGCCACCGCCGUUGAUGGGACCUGGAGCUGCUUCUCUCCCCGCGGGAGGUGCCGGCGCGGCCGAGCCAGAGCCACCGGCGGAGUUGUGGUGUGGUCGUUUCAAAGCGUGACAAUAGCGAAAACCCUGGUUUAAUGAGCGCUUCAGCUUUUAUGGAAUGUAAAAGUCUUAAAAUUAAUUGAAACAAGCUGGAAAUACAAUUUUUUUCAGCCUGAACGGAAGCAGCUGGGAAAAAAUAAAAAGGGCUUUGGGCUCUUUUUGGCGCUGUUUGCCGUGCAGCCGUGUUGCUUCGGGCAGGAGCUGCAUCUGCCGGCCGAGGCGAAGCCCCAUCCCAGGUCCCUCGCCUUUGCAAAUCGCUUCCACUUGUAGAGAAAAGAAAGAAAAAAAUAUAUGUAGCUUGAAAAUGCAUGUAAAAUCCCUUUUCUUUACUCCUUAGGGGCUUGGAAAUGGCUUCAGUUCCUCUGGGGUGUUUGACAGACGCCCUCGUUGCACGCUCUAAACCCUUCCGGUGAACGCUCGUUUACACGGAAAAGUGUUACGAUGAUUUUAUCUGAUCAGCCCUUGUGAAAUGAAAAGAGGAUGAUGUGAAUGGGCUGCAAGAAGCAGGCGAGAUGGACGGAGAGCUGCCCUGCGCUGAGGUGGACGGAGAAGUGUCCUCUGCCCCGGAGGAUCUGGGAGGAGAGAUGCCCUGUGUGGAGAGCGAUACCGAAGGAGAGGUUUCCUGUGCUGAGAGCGAUGCAGAAGGAGAGAUGCCCUGUGCUGAGACCAACGGAAAAGAAGAGGCACCUUGUGCUGAGAGCAGUGUGGAAGGAGAGCUGCCCGCCACCGACAGCAAUGGGGAAGGGGAGAAGCCCUGUGCCGAGAGCGACGAGAAAGGAGAGGCAUCUUGCUAUGAGAGUGAUGGGGAAGAAGUACCAGACACUGAAGUCCCUGCUGCUUCAAAGAAAAUGUUUUCAAUUUCUUCUCCCUUGCGAGCGAUCAUCCGCCUGCGACGACGAUACCGGGUGCAAAAGAAAAGCCGUCUGCAUUUAGAGCUCCCUCGAGAAAAAUCCUCAGAGCUUGCCCACGCGAGGCUGCUUCAAAGGCAGCUUUCCCUGACCCGAACUGGCCUGUAUGGCCCUUCCAUGUCCUUCCUCAAUCAGAGCAGCUUCGAAACUUCCCAGUACUUCACCUUUGACACGUCUGUAGAACAGUAUGCUAUGAAAAAAUGCAGGAGGAAAAAGAAUCGAAGGAAAUCUAGAAUAGUCUUGUAUCCAGAUAAAACAAAAAGAUACCUUCCAACGGAGGAGAAGAGCAAGGCAAAACGCUGCCUCCUCCUGCUCAUCGUCAUUAUCUUCUUCCAGAUUCUCAAUGCGAUAGAGAACCUGGAUGAUAACCUCCAAAAAUACGACCUAGACGGUUUGGAGAAAACAAUGCACCGGGAAGUAUUUGGGCAGAAGGCUGCUGUGGAAAGUAUUAUGGAAUUACUGAAAGACUAUCUGGCUACCCACAUACACAACAAGCCUCUAGUAAUCUCUUUAAAUGGCCCGACAGGGGUUGGGAAGAGUCAUGUUGGCUGGCUGCUGGCCAAACAUUUUCGUUCCGUCAUGGACAAUGACUUUGUGCUUCAGUACUUUGUUAUGCAUCACUGCCCCAACGGGGUGGCUCCUCUCACUUGCGAAAUAGAUUUGUCUAAGAAAAUUUCUGACAUGGUUACAAGAGCCGAAAUAGAAGAGAAGAUACCGUUGUUUAUUCUAGAUGAGGUUGAACUCAUGUCUCCAGUCCUGCUGGAUACUCUCAGCCGAUUCUUCGAACCCAAUCAAACUAACGAGUUCCUCAAUGCCAUCUACAUUUUAAUAAGCAACAUAGGAGGUGGUGAAAUAACAAAGUUUGUUAUCCAGAAUGCAUCUGCUGAGCUUCUGCAUCAGCAAAGGGGAGUUGAAGAGCUGCUGAGCAUUGUCCAGCCUGUACUGAUCGAUGCCCACCCUCUCUGGAAGUCUGCGGACAUCAUCCCAUUUGUUCUUCUGGAGAAGAGUCACGUCAUAAACUGCUUCCUAGAGGAGAUGAGGAGUGAAGGGUUGUAUCCUGACCAGAAGCAUAUUGAAAAUUUAGCGAGUCAGCUGGGUUACUACACUACAGGGGACAAGCAGUACUCCAGGAUGGGCUGCAAGCAGGUUGUGGCCAAAGUCAACCUGCUGUAGUGAUUUACUGAAGAGACCAAGUCCUGCUCUCAGGAUUUGCACAGUUCUGGGCUUAUGGAGGAGUAGGUUACAGCAGCCUGUGGUUCAAGGUGUCCUUUCUCAGGCCUGCACUGACUCUGUCCUGGUGGAGGGAGAGGGACGGCAGCGCGGGCUCCUCUGCAACAUGGUCUCUGUUCUCCUCCAGAUGCUUCACUUGUUCCUAAUGUUCUGUGAAAAGGGCACAGGCAACAAAGCCCAAGCGACCUCUCAUAAACUGUGAGAUGCUUUGUUCCUCACAUGCUCAUUUGGGAUACUUUGUAAUUAAGGAGUUGUGAGAUGAGAACAGAAGCUGCGGGAUAUAAACAGGAGGAGGAAAUAGUAACCGGGUUACUGCCCCUGCAGCACACGUCGCUGUGGCUCACUCCUUCUCCAGGCUCACAGUCUUCAGCUCUUUGCUUUUCUUGGUCCUGGCUGGUGAUGUGCAGAGCAGAGGCCGUGCUGGACACCUGGGAGAACUGAAGGAAUUUGUGUCUCCUCAUCCCCCAGAUGCGUGGGCAGUCAGAGCUCUGCUCUCUCCAGCUCCUACAUGGCCACGUGCUCUGGAGACUGCUUUUUGGACCCGUUCCUGAGCUGCUGCUCUUCUGAGCUCAUACCUGAGCUCACCUUUGGCACCUCCAGCGAGAUUUCUGCCCUGCAAGUCUGUUUGGGCUCGUCUGGAAGACUCUCGGCUGUGCCAGUCGGUGCAGAAAUAACCACUGGAUUGUUUCAGGUCUGGUGGUGGCAACUUGUCCUGAGAGCUCUUCUGCUUUUUGCUUUUGGGUACACUUCACCACGCUCAUUAUCUAGACAUCCCGAAAUAGCAACUGACAUAUAUUAAGCAACACACACUGGAAAAGACAGUUUGGGCUGUCUGGACCGAGAGCAGUGGGAAUUUUGGGCUUGUUCCCAGACCCGCGAGGCCAAGAAGAGGUUCUUUGCCAUUGAGAACCUGGGGAGAACAUGCUGCCUGGAAGGACCUCAGGAAAAGCACAUGUCCUUGUUUUGAGCAGGCAAACUGAGCAGAUAUUUAUGACAUUGCUUUUUCAGGUUUUGGUUUUGUGCCUAAAUCCCCUUCUAGAAGUUGCUGUGAAUUAUCAUGUACGUAAUCCUGUGGAUGUUUGCACUGGUUGUUUGAUUUGCCUCUUUGUAAUUGUUGGUUUCCAAAGUCUUCCGUCACAAACUCCUGCUUCCAGAGCUAUUGUCAGGAAUAAAUCCAAACUAUCCUGAAUAAAAUAA